AUGCCUGGUCGAAUCGAUCUGAGCAACAAUGCGUCCGUGCGAAUGAUCAGUCUUAAUGUGGACAAUUUGGCGUGCGCUUACCUGGCCAAUCUCUACAUUCCAAUUUUCACACUGGACACUGAGAAGGUUUUGCGGCGUUACGAGGUGCCGAAUCAAAUUUCCGGACUCCAUUUCAGCAUGAACAAAAAGAAUGUGAUCUAUGCUGUCGACGACUCAUUCGGUCUUCACGUAUUCGACGUUCGCACCGACACCAAGAAGAAGCACCGCCUGAACCCAGAGUGCGAAAACCAUAACGUGGUGUGCACGGCGCUUUCGUCGAAUAAUGAGAUGAUCGCUGUAGCCAGUUCGGAGUUUGGUGGUGGAAUCCUCGAUGUGCGUGGAUCCCGACGACGUGAACAUCAUGCUCAUGUCAUCUCGUUGUAUGACGCUCGGUAUCCAACAGAUCCAAUCACCAGCUACUACUAUGACCAAACAAAAAAAUCGCAGCUCAUUUUUCUUCUAAAAUGGUCACAACACCAAGAGACAAUGAAACGACACAAGGCCAGUGUGACCAGCAUGGAAUUUUAUCUCAACGGCAACUACCUCAUCACCGGAGACAACGAUGGAGCUAUCAAGUCGUUUGAUUGCUCACUUCGUGACGAGGACAAUGCCAUUCGAUGGGAACGUUGGGUCAAAGGACCGAUCUCAAAAGUUGGAGUCAUCAACAAGAGAAUUGUCUAUGGAGUGAGCAACCGUUCCGAGGGAACUGUCUUUGUCGAUGCCAAGGGAUCACUGGAAGUUCUCUACGGUAGUGUGAACAAUAGUGCAGAUGAGCCAAUUGUGAAGCAUUCCAAGGCAUUCUUCAAGAAGCCAGAAUGGUGUGUGGGACUUAUCAAAGGGGUCACAGAUGACAUUCCACUAGUAGCUGUUCAUGGAGUUGAGAAGAAGAAAUUCAUUUCGCUGACCGCAAUGAACCAAGAAGGUGUUCGUCAGGAUACACCGCUUCUAUCCUAUACAGGACACACUGGAGAGGUCAAAUGCAUGACAGCUACACCGAAUCUUCUUUUGACGGGAGGAGAGGACGGCAAAGUUGUUGUUCAAAUUGCGAACUUCAAGAAUCCAAAGUUUGGCGAGGACAAUUUGCCAUCACACCAUCGCUUGACACUUCGUCGUGGAAAAUUGGCUGAACAGGCAGACAGAGGGGAAAGCGGCGAUAGUGAUUCUGCUGGAAGUGAUUUAGACUCUGACAGCAACAAUCCAAGCACUUCUGCUGCGGCAUCCUCUUCCAAAUCAAAGUCAUCCUCUUCUUCUUCAAAAGAAAAGACGGAAGCUUCAUCGAAGCCCAAGAAGGACGAGAAGGAGAAAAAAGAAAAGAAAGAGAAAAAGAAGGAUCAACCUUUGAUUUCUUCAGCCGGUGCUUCGUCCUCUUCGACUUCUAAGCCAACUGCCGAAUCUUCUUCGAAAUCUGAAUCAGAUAAAAAGAAAGAACAGAAGGAGAAGGAGAAGGAAAAAGAGCGUAAGGAGCGAAAGGAGAAGAAGGAAAAAGGUGAUCAGUCUUCGACUUCAUCUACUACUGCUGUCGCUUCUUCCUCGUCAUCAUCGUCCCGCCAUGAGACCAAGGAGGAACGUCGUGCUCGUAAAGAAAAAGAAGCUGCCGAGGAGAAAGCCAAGCUUGAUGCAAAGCUUGCAGCGAUGACCGCGGAAGAGAGAAAAGCUUGGGAUGAGCGUGAAAAGAGAAGAUUGGCGAAGCUAGCUGAAACUCCAGAACAACGUGCUGAGCGCAAGCAGAAGGCUCGUGAAGAACGUGAACGUAUUGAGAAAUUGGAAAAGGAGGAGAGAAGAAAGAAGAGGCGCGAGGAGAAGGAAGCUGCUGCUGGAGCAUCGUCUUCCAAGAAAUCUAAGACUGAAUGA